AACAUUGGAAACUGUGGAACGACACCAAAGUCGCCUGUGCGUGAAGACAUCGCACAGUCUUCAUCAAGACAUGUUCGCGGGAUGCAGUGUAGGCCUUGUGCGUGUGGUUGGAUGCCUAAUGGUUGUGCAUACUGCUGCUGCCUUUCCAGUCCAGAAAGAGCCUUUUGGACUGGAGGAAUCGAUAUCCAGUGACUACACUGCACGGACAUAUUACGCUCAAUGGAUAAGUGACACGGCGCUGCUUUACGUGGACGAGGACAGGUUGUUCUAUUACGACCUCGAUACAGUGCAGCACACAACGUUGGUGCCAAAGGAGGUGUACUCUUAUUUUAGCCCAGUAAAAAGAGCGCUGUCAAACGACUGGAGUUUCGUCCUUCUCGGUUAUGACGCAGAGAAGGUUGUCGGAAACGCGGCUGUUGCACGUUAUGUGGUCUACAGUGUUAAAGACAACACCACAAUACACAUCGGCGAGGGCAAGCGGCUGCAACUGGCCAAGUGGGGGCCAGGCAACAGGCUGGCCUACGUGUACGAGAACGAGAUCUACUACCUGCCCGAACCCACCGCCGAGCCGCUGCAGGUCACUACGGAUGGCGUGCCGAUGGCAGUCUAUAACGGCAUCGUCGACGACUACGGACAUUUGUCGCAGUCUGCCUCAAACACGGUGGGCAGGGCAAACAUGCUGCUGUGGUCCCCGGACGGCCGACGAAUCGCCUACGGACAGUACAACGCCUCAGACGUGUACUACACCGCCUUCGAGUACUACGACUCAGCUGGGGGUGGAGAGUACCAGUACACGAGGUUCCUGAAGUUCCGCUAUUCGAAGCCAGGGACGCCCGUAGCCACUGUUCAUCUCAGGGUCGCCACUUUGCCGUCCGACAGAUCGACCCCAGUUGCCUUCCAAGAGCUGUUGGCACCAACAGACGUCGUCGGACAUGACCACAACCUCGAAGAUAUAGUAUGGACCGACAACGACAUUUUAAUGGCUUCGUGGAAAAAUAGAGUUGAAAACAUCAACCAGAUUGUCAGCUACAAUACUUCCAAAAAGAUGGGGCGUCUUCGUGGACAGAAGGGCCUGAAACUAGAGAGAAAGGACGGCUGGGUGGACUACAAGCAGUUAAUGCCUGGAUAUCACAACCCUUCAACUUAUCUGAUUAUCGACUGGGAGCCGCAAGGCGAAGCUGGCAGCUUCCCACAUGUGGUCAAAGUGACGGAUACGUCGAGGACACCCAUCACUUCUGGGGAGUUCACAGUUACCGACAUAUAUGGAUGGGAUGAUAAUGGUGUAGUGUACUACCAGGCGACAGAGGAGGGGCAGCCGUCGCACCGGCAGGUGUACGCCGUGCAGGAGGGGGCAUCCCCGCGCUGCCUCAGCUGUGACGUUUACAGUACCGAGGGGAACCCCUGUCAGCGAGCCAGCGCCGAUUUCAGCUCCGACUUCACAUGGUCGAUCUUCACGUGUCACGGCCCGGAUCCACCAGUCCUGUCUGUGCGUUACACGGCCCAAUUCGCAGACGUCAGCAAAGAUGUGGUGUUAAACAUGGACCUGCGGAGGUCGCUGUCCCUCAAGCAGCUGCCUCAACGCUUGGACGACUGGGUGGAAGUGGGAGACGGAAUGCGUGCACAGGUUCGCAUGUGGCUCCCGCCGGGGCUCGACCCAGAGGGCUCCGAGAAGAGGCCCGCCAUCGUCGAUGUGUACGCAGGUCCAGGUUCGCAGCACAUAGACGACUCUUUCGAGGUGGGUCUGCACAGCUACUUCGCGACGACGCGGCGCUACGUGUAUGUGCUCAUUGAUGGCCGCGGAUCUGCCUGCAAGGGCGACCGGGUGCUCUUCUCCGUCUACCGCAGGCUGGGCGGCGUAGAGGUCCAGGACCAGAUAGACGUCACAAAGCGGCUAGCGGAGAAGUACCGCUUCAUCGACAGCUCGCGCGUCGCCAUCUGGGGCUGGAGCUACGGCGGCUACGUGACGGCCAUGGCUCUGGCGCGCGACCACGAGGGCGUCUUCAGGUGCGGCGCCUCGGUGGCCCCCGUCGCCGACUGGUUGUACUACGAUGCUAAAUAUACGGAGAAAUACAUGGGGCUGCCCGCUCCAGAGGACAACAAGGCAGGUUACGGUGCCAGUGACGUCACGCGACUGGCUGACCGCUUCGCCAACAAGAUGUUCCUGUUGAUCCACGGGACGGCGGAUGACAACGUCCUUUACCAGAACUCUAUGAUGCUGGCACGCGCCCUCGAGGAGGCGGGCGUUCUCUUCAGGCAGCAGACUUACCCAGAUGAAUAUCACUGGAUAAACGGAUUGAGGACUCACUUGUAUCAUACUAUUGAUGCCUUCUUCACUGAGUGCUUUGAUGAACAAUCCCCAUCUCCUCUUAUGAAGAUCACUCAAUCCCCAUCCCCUCUUGUGAAGACUACUGAGUCCCCAUCUGCUACUGUGAAGACCACUUAUUCCCCAUCUCCUACUGAGAAGGCCACUGAGUCCCCAGCUCCUAUUGAGAAGACCACUCAGUCCCCAUCUCCUGCUGAGAAGACCGCUCAAUCCCCAUCUCCUGCUCAGAAGACCACUCAGUCCCCAUCUGCUGCUGAGAAGACCACUCAGUCCCCAUCUGCUGCUGAGAAGACCACUCAGUCCCCAUCUGCUGCUAAGAAGACCACUCAGUCCCCAUCUCCUGCUGAGAAGACCACUCAGUCCCCAUCUCCUGCUGAGAAGACCACUCAGUCCCCAUCUCCUGCUGAGAAGACCGCUCAGUCCCCAUCUCCUGCUGAGAAGACCGCUCAGUCCCCAUCUGCUGCUGAGAAGACCACUCAGUCCCCAUCUCCUGCUGAGAAGACCACUCAGUCCCCAUCUCCUGCUGAGAAGACCGCUCAGUCCCCAUCAGCUGCUGAGAAGACCACUCAGUCCCCAUCAGCUGCUGAGAAGACCACUCAGUCCCCAUCAGCUGCUGAGAAGACCACUCAGUCCCCAUCUGCUGCUGAGAAGACCACUCAGUCCCCAUCUGCUGCUGAGAAGACCUCUCAAUUCCCAUCUUCUGCUGUGAAGACCUCUCAAUUCUCAUCUUCUGCUGUGAAGACCAAUCAAACUCCAUCUAGUGCUGUGAAGACUGCUGGGAGGCUGAUGGCAGUAGUGGUUGCAACAUUGGCCAGCCUGCAUUUUCUGUAAGAGAAAGAGUUCAAUUCUUCUAUCUGUGACAUCUGCUUCAUUGGUGAGAGCCACAUGUUAAUAUGUACAACAUUGGUACAUAAUAAUUGGCCAAUUUUGCAAAGAAGAAGAAACAUUUGGAAGAGGUAGAGUUAUUACUGAUUUCGAUCCAUCUUAAAAGGAUUAAUAGUCGCCUGGAUUAUCAACAAUGUCGGAAGACAACAAUGACCUCUGCACAAGGGCAUGUGUACUAGUGGCAUGACAAAUAACGUUACAUCACAAUUUGGAAGAAAUGCAUAAGAAUUAUUCGUUUCACAUUGUUGGACUGAGGAUACUAAAAGGUGGGGCCAUGAUGCCUCAGAGGGUUUCGGUAGCACCCCACCAGUCACAUACAUUCAGUAUUUUAUUAUUUAUGUACCUACGAGGAGGCAGUUGUGCGGGCAUCUCUUUCCGGAACAGAUGGAUCAUUUCAGUCAUUUUACAAGAAGUUUAAAAGUUUUUAAUAAACAUUACUUUAACGAUCUGUUACGAGUGAGUUCGCAAAGGGCCAGAACAACAGACAGAGCUUGUCUGGAACGCACUCGUCAAUCGUCAGUAUUGAGCUAAGUGGAAAUGGUUGCUUAGAUGGUCUUCUCGCCGAUCUACACACAAUGAAGAUUUAUUUUUAAGUACAGGACUCUUAAUUGUCUGGCUCUGUAAAUAGUAUCUUAUUGCUGCGAAUUAGUUGUGGACUGCUGAUGACAAUUUAGAGUGAUCAUUAUUACUAUGUGAAGUCACAUUUUCAUAACUUACAUGCAGUUAUUGUUUUCAAAUAUGGUCCUAUUGUGCUUUAAAGGUGGCUAAUGUCUUGUCCAAUAAAAGUGUAUUGGCAUCCCAACUAUUUCGUAAGAUGUAAUAGUCAUAAUCAUUUAAAUACGAUUUUUUCUUCCUUUAACGAUCCCAGUUCCGUCAAAUGUGAGUCUUAAACAAAGGUGCAAGCCUGCCCAAUGUGCAGUAUGAAGGAGAUCCUAUAGAAGACAGAAGGGGAAGGCUUUAAAAUUUUUUGAUUGUAACACUAUUAUCGAUAUGACCUGUAAUUGUUUUAUUUAUCUUCUGUGUUUCUUUUUACUUAAUACGA